CCGUUUUCCCCCCCUGCUUCAUACUUUCGUUUGAGAGAGAAAGAGGGUUUAGCUGCAAAACUGCAAAAUUUGAAGAUGGCGAGCGAGGCCAGGAGCAGUAGCAACAGCAAUGGAGGAGGGGGUUUCAGGUCAAGAAUGGAGCACUACCUCUAUAGUGGCGAUAAGAAGCACGUCAUGGCAGGAAUCGCUGUCAUCACCGUAGUCUUUGGAGUUCCUUGGUUCCUCAUGAAUAGAGGAGCAAUGCAUCAGUCUCAUCAGGAUUACUUGGAAAGAGCUGAUAAAGCACGGAGUGAAAGACUCUCUUCAGGUUCGUCUGCCAAAUGAUGCAUGGAAGCUUUCCAUUAAAGAGGGUGGUUUCCUUCAGCUCCCUUUUUGACACAAUGCGUACUAGUCAUCGGUUGUUUGAUACUGGUUUUGUCCCUUCUGCAUGCGACAAGUUUCCCUCAAAUUCAUAAAAAAAGGUUUUGAAAAACAAUUAGGGGUUUCAUUAGACUUCAUUCUUGCAUUUGGAAUCUGUAUUGUGUACAGAGUUGAUAUUUUCUUCUUAAAAAGGAACUCUGAUGUUGGAAGUUUCUCCAAUAUGCUGAUUAUUGUUGCAGGGCAGGGCCAUUUAUUAUAGUAUGACUGGUUGGUACAAUUUUUGUUGAUUGGAUGAUUUGAAGUAAUAGAUACUGUGGAGUUCCUUCCAUGUUCGUUACCAA